AUGCAAGCGGUAUCAUAUCAGGUUAAUCCGGAAUAUGCCAAAUUAUCGCAAAUAGUUCCCGGUCUCUUCAUAUGUGGUAUUAGCGAAUUAAAUCAACAUAACAUUGAAAGAAAUGGAAUAACGAUGAUCAUUAAUGCAACUGAUGAAGUUCCUAAUUUGAAAACGUUGGGAAACAUUCUCCGUAUAAAAUUAUGGAUCAAUGACACACCAGAAACUGAUAUUUACCUUCAUCUUGAAGCUGUUAGUGAUCAGAUAGAAACAGUUAUAGUCGAUGGUGGAGCAGUGCUAGUUCACUGCGUCGCGGGUGUCUCACGAUCAGCCACGAUUUGUCUCGCUUUUCUUACCAAAUAUCGAUGUCGAUCACUUCGUGAUGCUUACUUCCUGAUGGUUUCUAAAAGACCUUUGGUCAGACCUAAUAUCGGCUUUUGGAGACAACUGAUCCAGUUUGAACAGGAAAUCAAACAUGCUCCAGCUUCAGUAAGAAUGAUAUAUGACGAAGCUCAGGCCGAUCAUUUGUUACCUGAUGUCUAUUUGGAGCAGACAGUCCGACCUGUGAAACCUUUGUGGAUAACACUUUCAAUAGCUGGUGUUUUGUCGCUCUUCCUUAGUAUGCUAGCUCAUUUACUUUCAACUUUUUAA